GAAGAGGUAAAGUAGCGUCUGUCGGAGGCCGUCGAGGCAGAAGUAGUAGAGGGGGAGAAGGUGAGACCGGUGAAGGAGGGGUUAAGGCGCUGAGAGCCAGUUGUGUGUACGUGUACGUGUGUGUGAGUUGGUGUGAGUGCGGUGCGCGCAUCGGUGUGCAUCUGUGUGCGAGUGUGAGAUCUGGUCUGCAUGCGGGCGUUGUUGUGUAUGCUAGUUACUGUGUGGAGGAAAUAAGACAGAAUUUAGUGAUAGAUUGACAAAUGAAUGUGUUAUAAAUAUGGUGGAUCCUCAUCUUAUUGCUGUUGAUGAAAUCGAUGGCAUUUGGACGUUCAUACAAAGUAUUGAUUGGCAUGAUCCAUGGCUGAUGGGUCUAGUUCUUUUUCAUGUUACCAUUACUUUAAUGACUCUCUUGACCAGGAAUCACAGCAAUUUUCAAGUUUUACUAUUUUUCUCUUUGUUGCUUCUUGUAUACUUCUCAGAAAGCAUCAAUGAAAUUGCUGCCAACAAUUGGAGUUUGUUCUCGAACCAGCAGUACUUUGACACUAAAGGAAUGUUCAUAUCACUUGUGUUUUCCGUGCCAAUCCUGCUAAACUGCAUGAUUAUGGUGGCUAAUUGGUUAUGGCAAUCAAGUCAGCUGAUGACAAAGUUGAAAAGAGCACAGCUAAGGCAGCAGGCUCAGUACCUGCAGCGGCAACAGAGCCAGAAUCGAACAGAGGAGAAUGCCCACAGUAAGGCGGAUUGAAAGCCCUGAAAUGGCACGUUGACAAUGUUGGAUAACAUUCGACUGAGAUGAUCAAACAAGAGUGGUCGGACUAGUCAGUGCCCUCCACCAGGUGGGGCCUCCGUGCCACAUCCUGAGUGUGAGGUCCAGUGUGAGUUGCAAGUUCAUAUUCUUUUGUUGUGGUAUGGUGGUUCCCAACCUAUUGUAAUACUUUUUUUGUAUGAGAAUAGGUCUCUGUGCCUACUGCCAUAUAUCACUUGUGUGAUGUGCCAUGUACAGUAAGAGGUGAAGAGCUUGUUUUUAAAUUUGUUGAGAGUUAUCUACCUCAUGGAUGACUUCAAGCAUUGGAGUCUCAUUUCAUCGAGAAAUAAUAUGCUUUCUUUAUUAUGGUGGACAAAAUGAAUUCCACAAAACUUAGUUAUAUGAACUAAUAUUGCAGCCUUUGUCUCUGUGACUCUUCAGAAACAUACAUGGCCUAUAUGCACUUAGCAUGGAGUUACCAUUAGUACGUGCUGAUAGUGAUAGUUUAACUUGUAUUAAUGCAGGACAUAAUAAUGAGUGACAUGUUAGAAUUUAUGGGAGCUUUGUCAGUAAAUUUUGAUUCCUCUGAUGCAAAAAUAGUUGUAAUAAUAAAAUAGCAAUUAAUGCUUGAUGAAUUAAGGAUAGUGAUUAUUUAAAAUAUAUAUUACAAUAUAGGUAAGAAUACAUGACAGGAGAAGCGCUGCCUUACUGUGAUAUUAAAGAUCCCAUUUUGGAGGGGAGUCCCAGAGAUAUAGGUGUCUGAUGAAUGGCAUUCCUGAAAGAUGUGUAAUUGGCAGUGCAGCAGGACUGAUUCACGAGUUAUUUAGUGUAAAUUCACAUCAGAUAAUUGCACUUUUUCUCCUUUAUUUUUGGUUUUCCACAACUAGGUUGGGAAUUACUCUGCUAGUGUACUUAACAUGAAAAUAAGAGUGACAUUACUACUGGAAGUAACCAAAGACUGCAAUUGUUUUCAAUGUGUUUGGCCCACAACUUCUGAUGCACAGAACAGUCUAAAUGUUGCCUUAAAUUAUGACCAUAAUUUUCUUCUUUGCUUCUGCUGUUAUAUCUUAAAAAAAAAAAAAAUAGUUUUCCUUGUCUUUUUGCUUCACAUCCUUGCAUUACAAUUUACAUUUUUUUUGAGUUCUUGUUUGUAUCAUAUGGCUUACAUCUUGCAGUGAGAUCCACUGCUUAGUCUGUAGUCUGAUAUUUCUCUCAUCCUGUGAAUAUAUAUCUUUUAAUUUAUCAAGAUCCAAUCCUUUCUUCUAAUCUUUAUUCUUCUCAACUGAAUUAUUUUUUAAAAAUUCUCGGAAGUGGGAUGAACACAUAGCAUGCUUCAUGAAAAAUUUCUUUGUGGAUACAUCUGUAGUAAGAGGUUUUGUAAAUAUAUAUAUAUUAAUUUGUUAGCUUUUGCCUAGAAAUGUUUUGCAUAUACCUUAACAUUGUCUUCCUUUGUUCGUCUGUGACCUUGCAAGUAAAUAUGGAUCUCUUCUGUAUAACUGUCUGUAGCAUUGCGUGAAGCAAUAAUCCACAAGAAAGUGACUGGUUAUCAUAACUAAGUAUCCAAUGUGAUAUUAAUUGAUGAUUAUUAAUUUGUUAA